AUGUCCUUCUUCAGCAAUACUGCAGUGUUGGUCUUGGUGGUGACCAUCUGGUUGGUUCAUACCUCUACAGUGAAAGGAGUCCGAGGACCCGCUCCCGGCGACGAGGGACAAUGCGACGGUCGAUUGCUUGACCUGUCAAGACUUGAAACUAUGAGAGGCUUUGGUCAAGGUCCUGGAGGCAGUCCUGGUGGUAGCACUCCACCAGUCAUUUCUCGAGAAGGAAUUGUCAUUGAUACAGAUAGUUGGUAUACGGUCAAAGGAGGACCUAUCGUUCCCUUUGCUAUCAGUCGGCGGAACAUGGAAUGCAAUUACGGUCGUUCUCGACUGCGAGAAGAACUCCAAGGGGUACCCGUCUACGGAGCCGACAUGAUCAUGUCAUUUGGAGGCAACUGUGCCCCUGGUGGUAAUUCCAGGAACUACGAGUGGUGGAGUGCCGAAGACCAACCAGAAAAUGCGCCACCCAUGUCACUGACACAAAUUUUGAAUGACUUUCAAGUGCGCGACAUGUUUGCCAAAUCGUUUCGAGAUGUCAGGGUCCCACAAGGUUAUACACCAGCCUUUUCCAUUGACAAAGCCAAAGAAAUUGUUGCCGACUUUUACAAUAUACCAGCACAAGACAUUGACUCAAAUGUUACCCUCUAUGUGUACCCUUCCCAGCCACAAGACUACCUGACCUACUUUGUCGAGGUCAUUGUCCCAGUCCCUGGAAGUACUGCCGUCUAUCGAGUUGUUUUGGAUGCUCAUUCCGCCGAAUUCUUGAGCGUCUGUACCUUUGUCGACCCCGAUGUGGAUCGAAGAAGACGAGAACACGUUCAACAGGAGGUGCAAAAACAACAAGAAGACGACAACAAUAGACACCUCCUUCGUGCCAAUGACAAAAAUCGCCGAUUGCAGGAUAUCUGUCAGAGUUGCGCCGUAGUAGAAGACAUUGCAUCAUUUCUGGGCACCACCACCUGUCCCAUUAAUACGCUUUACUUGGAUGAUUCGGGCAAGACUGUCACAUGUACCCAAGCAACGACGACCUCUGGUGGCACCAUUUUUGUUCCGUACCCAGAUACGGCGCUCUUUUGGAACGGCGCGUACGACUGUCAAAAUAGCGUCGGUCCGUGUUCGCUUGUGGAUAUUCCGGAUUGUCAAGAUGCCAUUAGCGAUGUGACAUUCUCCGCCCUCCAGACAUUGCAGUACCUGCAGAGUUCCUUGAAUGUUCUAGGUGGGCUGAGCUCCGAUGCAUCUGUGCCGCAAUGGCUCAAUGGCCUGGUGCACUACGAUACGGAUUAUUGCAAUGCCUUUUACAGUUCCAAUCGAAUAGUCUUUGGGGAUUGUGAUUGCGACAUAUUGACCCCGCUGGUGUCUAUUGAUAUUACUGCUCAUGAGGUCAUGCAUGGAGUGACACAGAAACAUUCAAAUCUGGAGUACAGUGGUGAGAGUGGCGGCCUCAACGAAGGGUACUCUGAUAUCAUGGGUUCCGUAAUGGAGUUCGUCAUCAAUGAUUCCCAAGAUACACCCGACUUUACCCUCGGAGAAGUUCUUGGAGGAUUCUACGGUAUUAUUCGCUUCAUGGAGGACCCACCUUUGGACGGACAGUCUGUGGGUUCCAUUUGUGAUUAUACGAGCUCUCUCAAUGUCCACCAUUCCUCAGGAAUCCUGAACAAGGCAUUUGUCAAGGCCGUCCGAGCUUGCCAAGCGAAUGGUUGCCUGUCAACGGAAUUCGAUUGUACACUCCUGGUUGGACCCCUCUUCCUAUACACCAAUCUACAGCUAUUGACAUCCCUCAGUACGUUCUUAGAUGGAGCCCUACAGACAUGCAUCAUGGUGGAAGAAUUCUUGGAUACAAUUGCGGAGUAUGACUCUUGUGACCAAGAGACACUCACACAGUUUGUGAUUGAUGGUUGGGCGGCAGUAGAUAUUACGAUUGAUUCCACAUCUUGCAAUUCCGCAACGACCUCGUGUUCUGGCACCACUCCCAAUCCAACGCCAGCACCUCGCCGCCAACAGUCCCAAUCUGCUUCUCAAGGGUCGCAACGGUACCUGUGA